AUGGCUUCCAUGGAGCCUUCCGAGGACGAGAUCGGCCAGGUCAUAGACUUUGCUGGUCUGGACCCCGUCGACGAUCGCUUCAUGGUUGCACAAGCUCUCAAGCACAAUAAUAGAAACGCCGAGACCGUUCUGACCCAGUUCUUCGAUAACCCUGACAAUUUUCGACAAAAGUACCAGACUGCUUGGGACGAGUCUAUGUUCGCAGCUGAUAGAGAUGGCACCGACAACAGCGCUGGCAUUUCCUUCCACAUCGAAUCCUCAGACCACGACGUCAUUCAGGGAGUAACUCCCCCACCAGACUCCUACGCACUCGGCGCUCCUUCGAGACCUCCUUCACGAUCGAAUAACCGGUCACCUUUGGGUAGGAUGGUGGAAUUGACUGCGGCACAAGUGCCCGGUACUACUCUUGCUCAUAACGCCGACAACGCGCUGACCAGGACGGCAGGUGUUCCGAAUAGCCAUGCCCAGGAAGAAGAUGAUGUGCAACGAGCGCUCCGCGAGUCGGCUCAAGAGGCUGGAAUCACACUACCCCAGGAUGAGACGGGUGUCACAGAACCUUCGGCCUCUUUACCAUAUUUUGGACCCGCAGUCCGAAGUGACUAUGAUCAGAACAGCUGGGCCAUGGUUCCUGUUGGGCCCGCCAAGGAGAGCUCGCCCAGCGACCCUCCGCCUUCAAAGAGAAAAAGGGCCCCGGGUGCCCCUGCUUUUCUCGUCUUGAGCAAUUUCGAUUCAGGUGGCCACAAAUUAGGCGGGCUUCUUACGAUCCUGCACGAAAUUCCCAUCGCUCGGAACGUGCUCCUCGGACUGGGCACGCAUACCUCGUCCUAUGGCCAUCGUAACGAUUGGUGGAAAGGACAAGAGAUCCUAUCCCCCGAGGUUCAAGCCAAGAUGCUCGAGGAACUACGCUGGGAACACCGGAGCCACAAUGAGACGGCCUUCGACGAGGAAGUCCACCGUCUUAUAGCCUUUCUGGAUGACACGGAACGUGCUUAUGGCUCAGCUUCAGUUCUCACAGAGCUUUUCCCUGAAGUUGAUAGAGGCAUUGAAAGGAAGUUCUAUGACCUGAUUGAUAGCCGACAUGGAGACCAGACCCAAGCUAUAAUGCAACUUGCAGUCCUCGGCAAAUUCCAUGAAGACGGCGACUCAGAUUUGGAUGAGGUCAAGUUUGGCUUGCUCGACAUUGAUCUUUCACAGAAUGAAGACGGUUGCACCAAGACUCUGUAUGAGGCCCUCGAUCAUAUAAUGUGGAGCGAUGCUCUGGGUUAUGAUGGCAUCCAUGCAGGGUCCAAGAUGGCCUUUUUCAAGGAGACGGGAGAGGUUUUGGCCCUUAACAUUGGUGGCGACGGACCCGGCGACUCCAUCGAGAUACCCCAAGAGCUAUACCUGGAGAGGUAUCUGCCGACUCGAAAGGAUGAGGCGAAGCGCAUUCAACGAGCCUGGCGACAGACGAAGCGAGAAGUGAGGAGAAUCGAAACACAGAAAGAGCAGAUUUAUCGGCUGUGGGACGAUUGGGACCACGGAAAAUACGACGACAAGCGAGUGCUGCUAAAGAAGGCGACAGAGCAGUGGGAAGAGUAUCGCAGCUACCUGGAGGGUCUGGCGCGUUUCCAAGCGAUGGAGAAUUCGGGCUUGCAGACGGACAAAUACCCUGAUUAUCGAGCUGCUCCAUGCCAGCUGGAUGGCGACGCGCAAAAGCAGCAUGAGAAGGUUGCCCAAGUGAUUGAGUAUUCGGAGCAACUUCUUGCGAACCUUGAAAUAAGGAUGAAGGGUCUUGACGCAGAAUUGGAGCAAAUCGUGGGCAAACAAAGAGCCCUAGGCAGGCUUUUGACUGUGCCAGACAAGCCAGGUCGCCCAAAGCCCAUGACUUGCAAGAAGUAUCUCCUUCGUGGUGUGGCUACAACGUCCAACAUUGUCUAUGUUUGCCGACGGGGAGAGGCAGAUCUCAUAGAGUUGGACGAUGAAGCCAAGAAGCCAUCGGAUCAGUGGUGGAGGAUGGCAUACACUCCUGGAGAGGAACAGCCAGUCAAGGUGGAGAAAAUCGAGAUCGAGCGAGUGUUCCGUGACAUGUGGCAGGAGACCAAGACCCCCCUGCUGGUCUAUGCAACAGAUGAAGCCCUCGACACGCCAAAGAGUCCCCUUCCAAGCCAGCUGGAACGGUUCGUCAAAGCGGAGAAUAAGACCUUUCACCAGGAACUGAAUCAAGAGCGGAACGAGACGAGUGAGACGAAGCGAGCGACAUUUGUGGACCCUAUUUCACCAUCUAAGAGAAAGCACCGAUCCGACAGUGUAUGUUCUAUGGACAGCAACCGAGCUUCGCUGGGUAGCGACGACAGGAACGGCUUCGACAACCCAUUCGAAGACCAGGACGACGCUAUCGGCACUGAAAUGACCGAAUUUGGAAACCCACCUGACCAUGCCCACAGCUUUGACGCAUCCCAAGACACUCUUCCUGCACUGAUCCCCCAACCUGCAUCAGCUCUGGAGCUCCUUACAGAGGCAGCAUCAGCCACAAUGACGCCAAGUACGGUAGGGGCCGACCGGGUGGAAAGCUCGCCGGCGAAGAGUCCACCGGUGGUGACGGAAGAGUCUCGUGCUCCGGAGAUGCAGGAACGGGCACGACCCCCGGCUUUCAUGACCCUACCGGCUAAUUCUUCGGCGCCAACAACCAAGAAGGAAAACGGCGACCUCAUGGAUAUGGAAAUCCCGGAACACUAA